AGUCGGCCGGCUGACGUAGGAAAAGAAAAAACAGGAAAUCCGAAACUAAAAGUUCGAGGCAUUUCAAGGAAAGGCUGACUAAACUUCGCAGGUAAAAACACCGGCUCCCACCGACACAAGGUUGUUCCCGCUGCCGGGGAGCCGUGCGUGUGCUCCCGGCCUCUUCGGUUUUUUUUUUUUGGCUCUCACAAACGCUGUACAGAUGGCCUGCUUUGAAAGCAAUAAGGGGAGCUUGGAGGAGGACUGCUAUGAAGGAGCAGUUGGUGGAGAGCUGUCUGAAUGUGCCUUGGCAAUGCUGGAAAAGGAAAGGGAAUCCCUUUUAAGUCCAUCGGAGAGUCCCGGCACCUUAAUUAACAGCUCAUCUGGCAGUCUCCAGGCUGCUGCUCCCCUUCAGGGCUAUGAUGUGGAAUUUGACCCACCCCUCGAGAGUAAAUAUGAGUGCCCUAUCUGCCUUAUGGCCUUAAGGAAUGCCAUUCAAACACGCUGCGGUCACCGGUUCUGCAAGAGCUGUAUUGAGAAGUCUAUUCGUGAUACAGGACAGCGGUGCCCUGUGGACAAUGAAAUGCUGUCAGAAGACCAACUGUUUCCUGAUAACUUUGCCAAAAGGGAGAUUUUAUCGCUAACUGUUCGUUGUCCAAACUCUGGCUGUGCUGACAAAAUGGAGCUCCGACAUUUAGAGAAUCAUUUGGCCAGGUGUCAGUUUGCCACUGCGCCUUGCCCACAAUGCCAGCAGCCUGUGAGAAAGAGCUACCUAGAGGAGCACCGAACAGCUGAGUGCCAAAGACGGCUCACAACAUGCCCAGACUGUGUGGCAUCCAUUGUGUUUGAGGAGAAACAGCUGCACGAGCAGUUGUGCCCGUUUGCCAGCGUGAGAUGCCAAUACUGUGAGAUGGAUCUCACCAGAGACCAGAUGGAAUCCCAUUGUGAUACAGAUUGCCCAAAAGCACCCAUUGCCUGUAACUUUAGUAUCUUUGGAUGUAAGGAAAGGAUGCAGCGCCAUGACCUGGCCCAGCACAUGCAAGAGUUCACACAGAUGCAUAUGCGCUACAUGGCUGAGUAUUUGCGUAGCCUCAGCCUCAACGGCACCAAUCCCAAACCCCUCCGAACGCUGGGGAGCUCCGUUUCCUGUGAGGAUGUCGGCGCGGCGGCGGCGUCGGUGCCAGUCUGCAGCGGCCUCAGAGGAGCGGGGAGCUGCAGCAUCAGCUCAGCUUCGUGCCAGCCCAGCGAGGAGAAGCAGCGGCUCAUAGAGAUGGAUGGGCGGUUGGUGAAGCAGGAUCACCAGCUGCGUGAGCUCAUCAUAUUAAAAGAGACGCAAACAGGCCAGCUGGCGGAGCUCAGGCGUAGGGUCUCGACGCUAGAGGAAACCAUAAAGGAUCUGGAGGCCCAGCAGUGCCACGGCAUCUUCGUCUGGCGCCUCAGGGGUUUCUCUGCGCUGCAGCGCAACCAAGAAGCGGGCCUGCCAGUGGUCGAGCACAGCCCCGGCUUCUACACGGGCCGUCCAGGCUACAAGCUGUGCCUGCGCCUACACCUGCAGACGCCCAACGCCCCGCGCUGCUCCAACUACAUCUCGCUUUUCGUCCACACAAUGCAAGGGACGUUUGACGGGCAGCUGACUUGGCCUUUUCAGGGGACGAUCCGGCUUGCCAUAUUAGACCAGGGACCCGAGAGUCAGCAUCACAUGGAAGUCAUGGAGACAAAGCCAGACCUGCAAGCCUUUCAGAAACCCAUAAAUCCGCGCAACCCUAAAGGAUUUGGCUACGUCACCUUCAUGCACCUGCAGCAGCUGAGUCAGAGAGCUUACAUAAAAGACGACACUCUGCUGAUCCGCUGUGAGGUUACGCCGCGCUUCGAUAGCGCGUUUCAUCGAGAGGGACCAGCCGUACAGCCGAGAGGACCCGAAGCGUCGCUUUCGAGAGAAUGAGGUCAAGCUCCUUUGCGUGGGAUUGUUGUCAUGCCAGUUGUAGAGAGCACAACUACCAGUGUUUCAGUGUUGCCUGUUUAUCAUGAAGUGGCAAAAAUCAUAUCCGCUCUCAUUCAUCAGAGUGAAUCUUCUGGUAUUUAUUCGUGUUCCAGUGUCUGAAUCUUUGUAGUUUCCAUGAAUGUCUUUUAGGGACCUCUGUGUCUUGCUCUCAAGACCUGGUGGAUUUUAAUCUGGGAUUUUUCUUCGAUGCACGGUAGCAGGUGCGGUACGGCUCAGACACAAUGAGUUUCUGAAUAACAGUUUCAAAUAAUCUGAUAACCACUUCAACGCAGUUUUUUCACUUAAUGGAUCUCUGGCUUUCAUUCAUUUGAGGAAAUAAUUCUAGGUACCAAUUUAUUUUUUGAUCACAGCUCUAAUAUUUGUAUCAUAUCUGCAACUGUUUCUCUCAAUAUGUAUUCAACUCCGAUUCUAAUUGAUGCCUUACAUAAAAGUGUCUAAUAUUAUUCCCCCUCCAAUGCUAACAGAUUUUUUUUAUUAUUAUUA